CAACACACAUUUCUCUCUCUCUCUCUCUCUCUCUCUCUCUCUCCUCUCGCUGGUUGGCUUUCUCUUUGUUGCUAUGAAUCUAUGAUCAGACAAACAAACCCAUCUGGUUCAGCAUCUGAACAAGAAAGAAUUUGAGAAGAGAUACAAGUAAAAUGGCGAGAGAGCCAAAAAAGAUGGAGAAGGUAGACCGCUUGGCGGCGAGGCAGGUGACAUUCUCGAAGAGGAGAAGAGGGCUGAUCAAGAAGGCUGAGGAGCUCUCCAUCCUGUGCGAUGCUGAUGUGUCCCUCAUCAUCUUCUCAGCCACUGGCAAGCUCUAUGAUUUCUCCAGCUCCAGGUACUCAAGAAGUAUGGAGGAUACACUAAAGAGGUAUGUUCGCCACUCCAAUAGCAUUGAGAAACCGGUCCAACCAUGUCUUGAACGCCAGAUAGAGGAGUACAAUCACGAAAUGUUGCGCAAGGAAGUGAGAGAUGAGUUUCACAAACUGAGACAGAUAAAGGGAGAGUAUCUGGAGGGGUUGAACAUGGAGGAAUUGGGACAAUUACGGAAGAAACUCGAGGCGGGACUGAGCCUCGUGAUCAAGACUGAGGAGGAGCGAGCAUUGAACGAGAUCGACAAACUGCAGAGAAAGGAAGCACGGUUGAUUAAAGAGAACAAGCGACUGAAACAGGAAAUAAAGAUGAUGAUUUUAUGCCGAGGGAAAUCGGUGACCGUGAACUCGGACGGCAAUAAUGGAGUUCUAGAGGAGGCCGAAGGGGUGUUGUUGGAAUCAGUUAACAACAUUUCCAUCAGCAACAAUGGCGUCCCUCCUGUGGAUGGAUGAUAGCUCUCAUCCCUCAAGUUAGGCUGUGUGAGCAAAUAAAUUGAAACUUAUUUACUGAAAAUGAAUACGGCAUACCUUCUGAAGCUGAAGUCUCAGACAGCCAACUGGUACAUCUUCUGAUAGCAAACAAUAAAGGAUUGGAGCUGAUGAUUUCAAUAACAAAAGUAAAGGAUUGAAGCCUAUGAUUUCAAAUAGUUAUUAUUGAAUAAGCAUUUCAAGAAAUGUUAAUGCAUGCAUAUAAUGAGUUGAUGAU